UUUUGAUCUCACGUAUACCGUAUACGUGAAAUAUCUGCUUUAAUUUGAUUGUAGUUGAGGUCAACUGGUAAUUUGGGAUAAUUUUCAUAGUGGGAAGUUUAAAAAAAAAAAUAAAGUUAUUUUAAUCGAUAAUAAAGAAAACUUGUGAGCUAUAUAAGUGUGAUAGUUAAGUUCUGUCGUGCGCAGAUUGAAUAAAAUUUAAGCGAACACAACACAAAUAGUUUAUUAUUAUAUUCCAAAACCUUCCUGAUUGAUCGAUGAAAAUAAAGAUAUUGAAAUUCUAGAAAGAUCUAAAGCCAGCACGUUUUUUUUUUCAUUUGCUAAAUAAAUUGUUGUAAUUAAAUUAAUACAAAAUGACAACUAUAUUGCGAGUAAAAAGACGUUGCUCUGAUGAACCACUCGAUGCAUUGAUAUUAGCUUGUAAAAAAAGAAAAACUGAUAAUGAUGAAACAAUAGAAGCCGCUGGCUCCAAGGAACCUUUGACUACUGUUGUUAAAUUUGCUGGAACUGUUCAAAAUCAGGAAGUCAAUGCCGUUAAAGAAAUAACUAAGACACUAACAAGUGAUCAACUAAAAACUAAUUACAAACAACAUUCAGUUGAUAUUCAAAAUAAAGUACGUUCUCAAAAACAAGAAGAUUCACGUGAAAAUCGUUAUAAAGUUGUAAAUUGUUUCCGUGAAAUAGAAUCAUCUGUUACUGAUGAAAAAACAAAAGAUCUCGGUAUGACUGUCAUUGAUGUAGAAGAUUCAGUAUCUUGUGAUAAAAAAAGUGAAGAAACUGAUGAUGAGCACGAAGGUUCAUCACCGUAUGUUUUUGAUUUAUAUUGUACAAUGGCAGAUUCAAUGGAGAAUAUAUUUACUGAAUAUAGUGAUGGUUUUACAGUUGAACCAUUUCAUAUUCCAUCAUUUUACAGUGGUUAUAGAGAAUCCUGUGACUGUUCAGACUGUGAACAUCGCGAAGAAUCAGAGGAUUCAAAUUCCGAAUCCAAUUGGAAAAAUGAUUAUCCAGAUUCUGAUGUAGGUUCUGAUAAUUCAGUAACGCAUGAUUGUCUUUCUUCGGCUGUUGGAAACAUGUGGUUAGAUGACGCACAAGAACUCUCAACUGAUGAUGAGGAUGACAAUUUAAUUUACACCGUUGAUGAGAGUGAUGUUGAAAAUUUUGGGUAUUCGUAUGCUAAAUUUAAAGCAUCGUUGAAAAAUCAAGAGGAAGAUUAUGAAGAUGAAGAUGAAGAUGAAGAGGAUGAAGAUGAAGAGGAUGGUGAGGACAAUGAUGUCGACAGUAAUUAUAGUGGUGUACAUAUAUCAGAAGUUCAUACCGAUGACGAAGCUGCUGAAAAUUAGGAAAUUUUUUUACUGUUAUUAUUUAAUUUUAUUGAUUUAUAAAAAUCGAAUGAUUUAAUUAAAUGGGCCCAGUGUAAAUAUUUAAUAGCAAUUAAUUAUUUUUUAAAUUGUUAAGCUCAUGCAGCUAAAAUAAAUAAUUU